AAUUAAUAUUAGAUUUUUUUUUUUUGUUUAUUAAAUAAUAAUAAAUAAUUAAAUAUUACUGAUAAUUAAUUAUUAUUUUUUCAUGUUCAAACAGUACAAUUUUAAAAUUUAAUUAUGUACAUAAUUUUACAUCUAUGCAUUAAAAUAAAAUAAAAAUGUAUUAUUAAUACAAAAUAUAAUAUGAAAGCGUCUGGGUUCGAGGCUGAAUCGUUCCAUGUUGUAACUCGUGUGAACCCCGUUUUGUAUCGCGUUGUAUCGCAUAGUGAAGCCAUCUUGCAACGUUGUUAAAGCUUUACAAUAUAAUUUUCACAAGCAUUUACAUCAUAAAGUUAAUUUAAUUAUAAAAAAAAAAAAGUACAAUAAUAGUGUAGCUUGUUGAUUAAUUAAUUGAGUUGAUAUAAUAUUUGUGAAAUAAUUAAAAUAUCAGUAUGGUAGGGACAAGGGUCUAUGUCGGUGGUCUUCCAUACGGCACCAGGGAAAGAGACCUUCAGAGAUUUUUCAGAGGCUACGGUCAAUUCCGUGAUGUUCUCAUCAAGAAUGGCUAUGGCUUUGUCGAAUUUGAUGACUACAGGGAUGCUGAUGAUGCUGUUUAUGAGCUCAAUGGAAAAGAACUUCUUGGUGAACGAGUGGCGGUGGAGAUAGCACGGGGUGUUUCAGGGAGGCGAGGCGACCGUGGCUACGGACGCUCCCGCUCCUGGAGAGACAACCGAGAUGAUAUGCGACACGACAGAGAUAGUGUAAACAGAAACACAAGAACUGCAUCUAGCUACAAGCAAUCAUUGCCAAGAUAUGGACCACCAACUCGCACCGAGUAUCGUCUCACAGUGGAAAAUUUAUCAAGCCGUGUUAGCUGGCAGGAUUUGAAGGAUUACAUGAGACAAGCUGGUGAAGUAACUUAUGCUGAUGCUCACAAACAACGCAGAAAUGAAGGUGUCGUAGAAUUUGCAACAUACACUGACCUCAAAAAUGCUAUGAACAAACUUGAUGAUACUGAAUUGAAUGGCAGAAGAAUUCAUUUGGUUGAAGAUAAGAGAAGAGGACGUCGUUCACGCUCAUCUAGCUCACGUUCACGUUCACGAUCACGCUCACGUUCUCGUCGUCGUUCUCGUUCACGCUCCAGAAGUCGUCGCAGUUCACGUAGCCGUAGUCGUCGAAGCAGUCGUUCCAAAUCAAGAGCACACUCGAAAUCCAAAUCAAAAUCCAGUCUCCCUGAACGCAGUCGCUCACGUUCCAAGUCAAUCCGGGAUCGUUCCAAGUCUAAAUCAAAAUCUAGAUCACGUUCACGUAGUAAGAAUGACAGAUCCAAGUCACGUUCAUUAUCAAAAUCCAAAGAUAUGUCACCCAAAAAGGAAAGAAUGAGUCGUGAACGUUCAAGAGGUGGUGAAAGAUCAAGAUCCCGUUCCGGAAGCAAACACAGCAAGAUGAGUCACAGUCGUUCACGUUCACGUUCCCGUUCACACUCACGUUCAAGAUCACGAUCACCAAUGAAUGGCGACAAGUCACCAAAAAGCAUCAAAAAUGAUGCUGACUAAAUAAUAACAAUAAAAACAAAACCAUAAACAAUGUAAUCCAUUGUUUAAAUUAAAAAACAAAAAAUUUUUUAUGACGGAGAUGAUUUAACUUUAAAAUAUUGGUAAAAGAAUGAUUGAACAAUUUAAAUUAAAACAUUCAAUAAUAUUUGACAAAUACAGGUUUUUUCCUUUUUCAAAUAGAUAAUUUUUUUACAAAUAUAAAAAAGGAUAAUGUAAAAAAUUAAAAAAUUAAAAAAAAAAAAAAAAAUCAUUCAAUUGUAAAUUUUCAUUAUUCUUUUUUUUUUUUUUCAAUAAUUGUUUAAAAAAUUAGAUUAUAUUGUUAAGAGUUCCAAAUAACUUAAUGUUUAUUAUUAUUUUUUUUUUUACAAUCAUGGUGAAAAUAAUAAUAACGUGACAAAUUAAAAAAUUAAAUUUUAACGUCACCAAACUGUUGUCGAGUUUAAAUUGAAAAUUAUUAUUAUCUCUGUUCUUUUAAUUUUUUAAAGGAUUCAUUAGUUAUUUAAAAAAAAAAAAUUGAUUAAAUCUUGAUAGAGAAAAAAUAUAUUUAAAAAAAGAAAAACAUUCACUCUCCACGAAUUUAAAUACUUGAAGCUUGCAAUUGCUAUUCUCAAUGAAAUUUGAGUAAAAAUAAAAUUAAGAUUAACAAGAUUUUUCAAGUACAAUGACUUUUUGUAUAUAUAUUCCUGAUGGUAAUAACAUUAAAUUAAGAUGAAAUAAAAAAAAGUAAUAAUAGAUAAAUAUGUGUAUCUAGCUGUAAGUCUUGCGAAGAUCAAUAAAAACAGCCACAAUCAUAACAGCAUGAA